CGCCCCGUGCCCGCACACGGCCCGCCAAGUCCAAGGAGCCCGGGAUUUUCAAAACACGACACGAGCUCGCUCCCGGCGGCGAUGCCGGUGGUGCAGCGGCGGCGCCGCUGAGGGGAGCCCGGAACCCACCCCACCCACCGUGGGAGCAGCUCCAGCAGACCCCGCCCGAGCGAUGCCGGCCGCCGUAACCGCCAGGCUGAAGCGGGAGGACUGCCCCCGCACCAAGCACGACUCCCUCUUCUCCCCAUGGAAGGUUCUCGUCGGGCCGUCGGACUGGGAGGACCACUCCGCCGGCAAGGAGGGGGUCCAGCGCUACCGCAUCCGCAACCUCCCUGACAAUUUCCCCGGUAUCUAUGAGCUGGGUGUCGCCGGCGCGUCCGACGAGGGCGUCAGGUCCCGGAGGCGUGAUUCUCGGGGAGUCGUCGUGGUGUACCUCGGGCAGGCCGACAGUGUCAGGGCGAGGCUGCAGCAGUAUGGCCGCUCGGGGUCGCACCUGGACACUGGGAAUUCGUUAGGCUCUGCUGGUAAAGCUGAGGUGAAUGCGCUCGCCGCAGGGCCUGGAUUAUUCAGAGAAGUGUUCUCUCGAGGCUAUUCUGUAGUGUUUCGAUGUGCGCAGAUGGAUAAUAAACAAGAAGCUGAGAAGACUGAGGCACAGCUGCUGAGAAUAUUUGAUUAUGCAUGGAACAAGCUUCAGAAUGGUGCUUGUCGCUGUGAAGAAAUACUGCUCAAGUUAGAACAGGGAGCAACCAGCCGUAGAUCAUCUCUACUUAGCAGAGUAUGCCACUCGAAACAAGAUAUAUUUGGAGUAAAAGCGGGUAUAAAGAUAAAAGGAAGUGGGUCGGUUAACACCCCGCCUGGUAUUAUGAAAAGUAUGCUCCCAAGAGUUCGUACAUUUGUUGGUUUCAGACCUCAGCCAGUUAACUCAGAGGACAGUGGAGGCGAGGCAAUUGAUAUUCCCUGGAAGAAAAUAUCUGGUUUUCCCUGUGGUAAUAGACAAGCGCAUAGAAGGAGGUCUGGAGGGCACAGAAUAAAAAAGAUUGAUGUUGCAAAACGGAGAACUGUACCAAUACAGGAUUCUAACUCUUUUUGUGGAGUGGUGCUAGAAGAUGGUUCUUCUUGUCUGGAGCACCCAGUUGAAGGAAGAAAGAGAUGCAGCUUACACAAAGGUAGAAGAGUCAAAGGCAGCCCUAAAAGCUCAUCUACUAGCUAUCCUUGCCAAGCUGAGAUUCCAAUACCUCACCUAACUGAAGAUUUAGACAACUCAGAUCAAACACAGGAGAUUAUUGAAUCCAUACCUCACCUAACUGAAGAUUUGGACAGCUCAGAUCGAACACAGGAAAGUAAAAUAUUGCCCCAAAAUAUCUCUACAACUGUGGAGGAAUCCCCAAGACAAAGCAAUAGCAUCAAAGAAGAGGAGGUGAAAACUAGAGAAGCUCCUACAGAAGAUGGAAAACAUGACGCCUCCAGGGAUGCUUGUAUCUGUGACUGUGAAGAGAAGGCUUCCCAUGCUGAACCUGAGUCCCAGGUACCGCAGCCUUCUGGGAGAAUGUGGUUUGAGCUGCUCAAAGCACGGAAGAAAUCGACAAGUGCGGACUCAUCAAGAGGGUCAGGAUCUCAGACAAGAGAUUAUGCAGCGCCCAUCUGUGGAGCAAUGGCAGAUAAUGGGUCCUGCAAAGUGGUCCCAAAUGCUGGCAGACAAAUAUGCGAGAAAGACCGUGGAAUAGAGGUCGCUGGUGCUUCGUUUUCCAGAAGCUCAGGAUGGCCGUGUAUAUGUGGUGCUUGUACAGCAGACGGUUCACCUUGUAUGAAUAAGCCUGUCGAAGGGAGGAAGAGAUGUGCAUUGCACAAAGGUCAAAGAGGGUCAUGCACCCCUACACCAUCAGUUUAAUACAGGACGGUUUCUUUUUUUUUUCUUUUUCAUUCAGCUGCUGUUUUCGUGCUGCAGUUAGAAAAUUGAAACAUAGAAAACCAGUGCUUUUUGGGGUGGGGUUUAUAUUAAGCUGUUUCACCCCAGGAUGAUUCACCAUUCAUUUUUCUUUUCUUUAAAGUUCAUCAUUCACAUUUCUUGUGCCUCCAAGACGCUACAUAUUUUUUGUGAUUGUAUUUUGAUGUAUUUGCAGAGAGCUGAAGAUGUUCUGAACAUUGCAGUUCGAUGAAUUUUCAUGCCAAA